AUGGAGACCGACGUCGGGGAUAUCUCUGUGCGUUUCCCAUUACUCACCUCGUGCGAGCGCGACCCGAUGAUUCAAAGUCGGAAGGUCACUUCUGAUGCGUCAAGGCGGAAUGACGGUGAUCUGCCUGGAAAGCUGCGGAGCCAGUGUGCCCAGGCGCUAGUCUGGGCACUGUUCGAGCAACCAACUCAUCUUGCCGGCGUUUUGCAACAGCCUCUCAGCGCGCCUUCUGAAAUCAUUUCCAGUGCCGAUGCUUCGUGUGCAUUCUCUGCUGAGCGACGAGGCUGUGCGAGCAUCGGUGGCAAGUCGUCUACGCAGCCUUGUAGAUCGAUCGCGGCAUGCUCAACUACGCGCGAGACGACCGUUGGCCGUGAGCAGGACGAGUGCUCACCCUUGUCGGAAGGUGUGUCAUGCACUCACGAGAUGGAGCUGAAGCCAACUUUUUUUGGAAGGGGUCCUAAUUUACCCGCUCUAGUUCGAAAGCACCAGAGCGAGUCGUUCUCCGUGCCGCCUUGUUUGGAGUUACCGGGGAGCGCUCCUGAGGGAAGCGGGGAUAACUGUUUGGGGCGUGAUAGGUCUGCGUCAGGCGCCCCCACUCUGGAGCAGUUUUUCGUCGAACUCCGCACGGCCGUAGAAAGGAGACUGCAAAGCAUCGACGCGAUGGUGGAGCAGUGUGCAGGCGCAGUCGCAGACACGUACGGCCAACUCACCAUGCUGGCCGCUGACCUCGAUGACUUAGCAGGCAUUCUGAGGCAAGAACAUGGCGUCGCCAGCGAUUCGUCGGAGCACCAGGAUGGAGAGCCGUCCCCAACAAGGUCCCGUGAGCAGCAAGCUACGCGGAUGGGUGCCGCAGGAGAUGGAGGCGGGACGGACGACGUCAGUGGGGUGUCGCCUGUAGAUGCGCACCGAUCGCCAGAGAUGAGAAGGGCACUGACCAGCGCUGUCUCGACGAAUUUCAAGAAUGAGCUGCCAACUGACUCAGGAAGCGCAGUCGCGCGUGAUUCCGUUGCCGGCGUGAGCCUAGCGGCCACGACGACAACAAGCGCUUAUCCUGCUCUGUUGUCCGCACCGAUCAUUCCCCGAGCCGCGCAGCGCCCUCGGUGGUGGCGAGGAGAACAUGCUGGCGGAGGCGCGUCCGACGAAACCCUGCAUCGCCAUAUCUUCCACGAGGGAUACAGACAAGACGAUGCUGACCUCACAACGGGACGGCGAGCAGGGGUGGCCGUUGAGCCGAGGGGCAACGAUGCUGCGGAUGCAGGAGUGCACUUUGACGACGGUCAGCAAAGUGACUCGUACGGCACAGAUAGUCGUGACUUUUUCUGUCUCACGGAUGUGCUAGCCCCGUUCAUCGACGGCCCGCCUCCCCGGGGGCAGUGUGACAAAAAUGCAUCUGAAGCGGCUGAGAUCAUUUCUGCAGAGCCUGAUGCAGCCUUGCGCCCGUGUGUGGGCGUAUCGAGACAGGCCGCGUCAGAUGGCACAGACGUAACGGAGUAUGCAUGCACCAGCGAAUCCACGAAGCCGGAAAAUCAGGAAGACGAAGCAAAGCGUGCUGGGCUGGAGGACGGCGAGCGGCUGCGUUAUUUGUUGAAGGGCGGAGGUGGCGUCACUCGUUGGUGCUCUUCCGCAUCAAGAAUGGUGGGGGAUUUCAAGCCUAGCACGCGGCGGCACGCAGCAUUGCAUCGUGGAGCACCGCCUGAAUGUGAGACGCCCGUUCUGAAAUCUGACGAGACGCGUUCGGUCGUCCGUAGUGAACCUACGAGAGGUCCUCCUGUGAGUUCCCCAGUGACGCCCGCGUGGCUCCCCCCUCUGAGCAGCUCUUGUGUCGUAGGGAUUCCCUCGUUGUUGCUUCCACGAAAUUUUCGACGUCCACAGGACCCUACGCGUCCUAAACCUGCUGACGGAGAUAGCCUCGGCGAAGCCACGGGUCCUGCCACUGGCGCCCCGGCUCGUGCACCAAACGGAGCUCAGAGCAGUGAGUGGGCGUGCGGGGGCACAGAAGCACAGACUGGCCUUCGUUAUGGGGAAUCCGAGUCACGGACGAGUCCCUACGUGGCCAGUCAGAGAUUCUUUCGUCAAGCUACCGGACUGUCCGUGCGUUCCGAGGAGCGGCUUCGGCACGAUGGACUAAGCUCAGAGGUUCAGGGGUCGUGCGCGCGAGCCUCGCCGGCGGGACUCGAGGGCAAGCUGGGGACUCCCAAGGCAAAGUGCGGACCCGCCGGCAGCACCACCAUGGGUGCGACGAUGGCCUUCCCUUAUGUCAAAGGUGUGACUUACAACCGAAUAAAGAAGUACUGGAUCGCCCAGUGGAUUGAGAACGGUCACUCGAAGGUCAAGUACUUCUCUACUUUCAAGUAUGGAGACGAAACCGCGCAUAGCCUCGCCGUUGAAUGGAGAAUGAAGCAUACGGGGCAUCCUUCUACUCCUGACGACCGGCUGUCUCAACCACGAGGCGAUACUGGCUGUAGGACUGGUGUGGCAGGAGUGGCGCCUGACAACUCUGAAUAUUCGAGUGGCGGCGGUUCCAGAGCAGAGAGAAGAACUGUUGCCUCCUCCACGUCUUUCGAGGGGCAAGAUCGUGCAAAUGAAGACUGCGAGAGUUUCUCCGCCCCGCGUGCAAGGGGGAGUAGUGGCCUACAAACCGCGCGCAGAAAUGCCUCUGGCCGUGGCGCGUGGCUCAUGCGGGCGGGGAGCGCUGGUAGCACUAGUGCAGGCGAGAAGAAAGAAGAAGCGAAGAAUCAAGGCGGAGCCUCCGGAGGUCGUCAGCUUCCACCGCAUCGAAGCAAUGGCAUCGUGGGAGUCUCUUUCUCUCGGACGAGCAAUGCAUGGCUCGCCUACAUCAAGAAUCGCGUCACAAAGACCCAGCUGAAUCGCUACUUUAAGGUCAACGUCUACGGAUUCAGACUGGCGAAGAAAAAAGCAAUCGAGGCACGGCUUGAACUGGAAGAGCGGAUGCGCAACAGCAACCAGUCAGGCUGGGACGCUUUCAGUGACCGCAAAUCCUUGGCGGUUGGCGUCUAUUACGAAGAUGAGAAGGACUCCUGGGUUGCCUGCUGCCGCGAUCCCCGAACCGGAGAAGGCAUCUACAGAUUCUUUCCUGUAUCGGAAUGUCCGGGCGGUGACCUAGAGGCCCGUGCGAAAGCUAUUGAUGCACGCAUGGAUAUGGAUGACUUCCUUGGCGCCGACGACGAGCAGUCACUCGCUCAGCGUGCUGUGGAUGCCCCUCUACGGAAACGGAAACGGAAGACUGAGAAUGAGGAAGCUCCGGCGCCUUCCUCUGAAGAGGGUCGAGCAUGUGACCAUGGGAGCAAACGGAGAGUUCAAGAAGCGGUUCAAAGAGAUCCUGACGAAAAACGUCCUCUCUCAGCGAUUCGCGACCAGACUGAAAGAUGCGCCAGCUCCGCGGAUCCGCCACACGCAGCGCAAGAAGAGCACGAAUCGGCGGGACCUGGAGUUCAGGAGAGGGCUGUAGUUGGAGUCAUUUCUUGUGACUUGAGCAAGUCUCCCUCUUCCGAAGGCAUCCUUCAUGGCCGGCAAGGGGGCAAGUGCACAACGAAGAGUCGACGAGUGCGAGGAAGCUGCGACGGGGACAGCAGUGGUGCGACGGAGGAUGCUACUUCGGCGGUGUCAAGAGAGGGGGAUGACAGCUCCAAAGAUAAGCAUGAAAAUGGAAAUCCUAGUGACGAAAAUGGGGACGCGGCAAGUCCUGUUUCCGAAUGUCCUAUGGUUUCGGCACUAGCGCAUUCCGUCGGCAGGAAGUGUCAGAGUGAAGUAAAUGGGUCGCACACAGAGUGUUUGGAAAGCGCACGCAGAGGUGGUGGCGGAGACACACCUGCAAGUGGCAGUGUUAUCUGA